AUGUGGCGCUUGUACAAGCCCUUAGAGCAUUUCCAGCGGAACAGGUCAGCCUGGGCAAGAAAGAGCUUGAGGCCCGUUUCGCACUUUCAGCGGGCAUUUGCAGCCCGGGCAAAUGAUGUUCAAAUGGUGGGGGCCAUCAAAACGGGCAAGCCCAAAGGUAGAUCGAGUCCGUGCUCUUGCCCAAAGGUUGAUGCUGCUGUCAGCGCACGGGUUUGA